UCCAACUAGUGCGCAUGCGCAGUCCUGCGCGUACAGAGGCAACGUUUGACGUUCGCGAACGCCUCCUCUGUCACCAACGCACUCCCACAAUCCACCGCGGUCAUUCACAUCUGUUGCUCUGGGUGUCAAAUCCAAGAUGGCACUGCACCGGUUAUUCCAGCUGUCCUCCGUGCUGCGCUCCGCCGUGACCCUGACCCUGCGCAGGAACAUCGGCAUCUCCGCUGUCCUCUUCCAGCGGGCCAAAGAGCUCGACCCCGUCCAGAAACUGUUCCUGGACAAGAUCCGGGACUACAACAGCAAGGCCAAGACUUCAGGUGGCAUUGUGGAUGCAGGUCCAGCUUAUCAGAAGAACUUGGGUGAAGAAGUAACCAAACUGCAGAGACUAUAUGGGGGAGGAGACCUAAACAAGUUCCCUGAUUUCAAAUUCACAGAGCCGAAGUUUGACGAAGGGGCCAAGUGAAUGAUGUCCAUGUUGUGUAUCUCCUUCCUGUCAUAAAAUAUGUUGUAUUUAAUAAAAAGGAUAGUGGACUGAACCGCGA